AUGAGCAAUGUCCUAAUCAGAAAGCGCCUCGUUCACCAGCCUCUCAAACCUCUCAAACCUCUCAAACCUCUCGUGUCUCUCAAACCUCUCGAGUCUCUCAAGGCUCUCACGGCUCUCACGGCUCUCGAGGAUCUCACGGCUCUCAAGGAUCUCAAGGAUCUCAAGGAUCUCAAGGAUCUCAAGGAUCUCGCAACUCCCACCACUCCCAUCACUCCCAUCACUCCCACCACUCCCACCACUCUGAGCGCUCUCGCGCUCUUCGUCGUCGUUCCCGUCGUCGUCGUCGUCGCAGCCGUCACUCCUCCGCCACUCCAAAGCCUGAUGCGCCUCGAGUCCCCGUCUCGCCUUUCGCUCGCGGAUAGCAUCCGCGCUCUGUUGCCCAAUCUCGACGCCUACAUCAUUGACUCAGACACGCGCCCCGGCUCGGCCAUGAUGUUUGGCCGCGACUCUGUAAUCAGCGUUGGAGGGCCCCGAGCCGUCGAGAUGGCGAGACGAAUCAGCUCCAAGAUGAGCAUUCCACACAUUUGCAUUCCGACGACGUAUAGCGGUGCGGCUGGGGAUCUUUCGCCGUGGAGAGACCAGCAGGUGGCUUCCGAUAGCCCUACAAGUUUUGAAGAGGAGGAGGCGGAGGAGGGACAGGGGGACAGCGAUGUCUGCGGUCAUGGUAAGAACAAGAUGCUGCCGACGGUGAUUAUAUACGACGAACGAUUCACGGAGAGCCGCACAAGGAGAUUUUCUGCCCCAUCAGGCGUCUUUGUCGACACUGACGGCGAUGUCGAUAAUAAAUCCGAGUCCGGUACUGGUGCAGCCUGCAACAAUGCAGCUGUUGACAUAGCAGACAAAAAUACAUCAGAACGGAGAUCUGCCAAGAGCAGCACGGCUCAGUGGAGUUAUAUUCACCUGCCAGGCGUCUGA